AUAAUGUCGCAAGAUCGUAUGCAUCACUUGGUGUUUGAGAUCUGUGUGGGCAUAGUUCUGCUGCACAUGGCCUUAAGCGCUUGCAUCUUUCCGAAGAGGGCAGUUCUCAACGGCAGCAUCCGGUACCAGAAACGAAGAGCCUUGAAGUCCACACAGGAUCAGGAAGCACACAUUCUGAGCUUCAGAUGCAACCGUGGAUAUACGAGAGUAGGACCAAAAGUAAUAUUCUGCAAAAAUGACGAAUGGACGGCGCAAUUCCCAGAAUGUGUUAAGAUGGAAUGUGAAGAGCCCCCGUCUAUCUGUAAUGGCAAAUAUACAGUGAAAACAGGCGAGGGUGGCAGGAAGGUAAUCGGAUCAACCGCUACAUAUACAUGUGAUGCAGGGUUCGAAAUAGAAAACGAUACUUCAGACGUUUUAGCAUGUGAAUUGGAUAUGAAGACGAAUGACAUUCAAUGGAGCAAUCCUAACUCCGAGUUGCAAAAG